AUGGAUAACAUGAAACAAUUCAACGCAAUGGGUUCGGAUGAUAACAAUUGGAGAACACAAAGUGUAAGACAGACCGUAGUGUCGAAGAUUGAGGAAGUGAUUCAAAGGUCAGGCAUGCAAGUAGCUCGCAACAGUAGUGAAAUGGAGAACCAUGUAUUCAUGAAGGCAAAGACCAGAGAAGAAUAUAUGAAUAUGGUUGCAAAAUUAAUAUUACAUGUAAGAGAAAUGUCACAACCAAAACAAAAUCAAGGAGCACCAAACAUGCAACAAAACCAAAAUCAACCAGGACCUAACUCUCAAGUACAAAAUCAACCUGGACAACCACAACAAGGACCUAGUAACCAACCUGGUAUGGCAACUGACCCUAUAAAUGCAUUACAAAACAUGGCAUCUCAGGGUACAAGAAACCAAAUGAUGAAUAUGGGCCCAGGGCAGAUGCAGCAAGGAGUCUUAGGUCCUAACCCUGGCAUGGGUGGAAUGCAAGGUCAAAUGAAUCAACAAGGCCCAAUUGUAUCUCAAGGUCAAGCUCAAACAGCCACAAAUUUGCUUCAAACCCUGAAUCAGCGCCCACAAAUAAACAUGCAAUUGCAAAAUAAGCUUGGUGGUUCUAUUGGGAUGGUGCCAAACCAAGGUCAGAUGGGUUCAAACAUGGUUAGUGGUAUGGGUAUGGGCAAUAUGGUCAGUCAGCUACAGAACCAAUUGUCAGCUCCUGGAAUUCAGAUGAUACCAACAAUGUCCAUGUCAAACACCAUGCAAGUUCCCAUGACAGGAGCCAAUACUAUGGUAGGACAGAUGCAGUGUAAUCAAGGUGUUGGUGGAAUGGGAGGACAAAUGGCACCAAAUAAUAUGCAAGGGCAGAUGCCUAAUCAAAUGGUUGGUAAUAUGGGGAAUAACCAGUUAGUAAACAUCAAUAUGCUCCAACAAAUGCACCGGGGCAAUAAGGAGGUUGUGAUGGGUGCAGGGUAUGCCCAACGACCAACGCACAAUCAGUUCUUAAGGCAGAGCCCUUCGCCAUCUGCCUCGUCACCUAACAUGCCUGGUCCGAGCCCUGUCUCAAUGGGAGGUGGAGUUCUCAGCGGUGCUUUAUCCUCACCGAUGUCAGGGCUCGGAGGCUUAGGGGCCUGUUCUGGGGGUAGUCCUUCGCCCUCCACAAGCCAUCAUCUUGGUCACCAUCCACAACAGCAACGUGUCAACAUGGGUAUGGUCGCAUCCCCUUCAUCAUCCCUCAACACCCCCGUGGGGGCCGGAGUGGCAUCCCCUGGCGGAGAAGAAGCUGCCUACAGGGAGAAGGUUCGGCAACUCUCCAAAUACAUCGAACCACUACGAAGAAUGGUUAUGAGGAUGGUCAGUGAAGGAGAAAACGUCGAAAAGCUAACAAAAAUGAAGAAUCUACUUGACAUACUAUCGAAUCCAAAUAAGAGAAUGCCCCUGGAGACCCUGAUCAAGUGCGAGGUGGUGCUAGAGAAGCUGGACUUCAAGCGGAGUGAGAGUGUCGGUCUUGGGUUACCUUCGUCUACUGCAGGCAAGGAACAAAUCUGCAACCCGCUGCUUGAAGUGGUGAACAUCUGCUUGCAAUCACCGCUCGCCAACCACACGCUCAAACGCACAUUCGGCUCCACGCUCGACGCUCUCAAUGGCCCUGAGAUCAAGAAUCUUCCAGCCCCACCUCAGAAAGUACAGAAACUAGAAGAGCCAGCUUUGGAAAUACCAGAUGUAUUGCAGGGAGAGAUCGCCAGGUUGGACUCUAGGUUCAAGGUGUCGCUGGAGACGAUGCAGCUGUCCGGCGGCACGUCGGCCAUCUCGCUGACGGCGCAGCUGGACGACGUGCGGCUGCCGUGCGUGCCCGCCGUGCACGUGCGCGUGCCGCGCGACUACCCCGCCGCGCCGCCCGCGCGCACCGCGCCGCGCCCGCGCGCGCCCGCCGCCGCGCCCAGCGCCGGCGACAGCUUCCUGCUGCGGGUGGAGCGCGCCAUGGACGCCAGGUGUGCCAGACUGCCAAAAAGCUGUUCAGUGGGCCAGUUGCUAGACGCGUGGGAGAUGAGCGUGCGCCAGGCCUGCGCGCCGAGCCCCGUCGCAUACACGCCCGUGCCACCCCUCGGACUA